UUGGCCUCUGAAGGGAUUGAGCCAGUUCAGGCCAGCCUGCUGCUCUUUCUCUCCUUCUCUCCUUCUCUCCUUCUUCUUUUCCCUCUCACUCUCUCUUCCUGUCCUGUCUGUUUAAGGAGAGAAAGAUUGGGAAAUUCCUUCAAGCUACUUUACUUCAGGUUUCUGUGGGAUUUAAACAUGCACACUGAGGUUUUGGUACAGUCCAUGUUGGUGCCGUUGUUUGUGAUUCUCCUCUCCGCCGUGGAGGACACUUUGUUACAAUCGGUGAGCCAGGUGGGUGAUGUGUGCAAGCUGUCCACAGAGUCAUCCCUGCGCCGCUGCAAGACACCUGAUGGCAAGAUCUGCAGCGGGAGGGGCAAAUGUGACUGCGGCAUCUGCAUCUGUGCGGCCACGGAUCCUGGGAAGUUCUACGGUCCACGCUGCGAGUGCCACGACUGGGUGUGUGCUACGCAUAAUGGGAAAACAUGCAACGACCGAGGCUACUGUGACUGUGGGACGUGUGAGUGUGAUGAAGGCUGGUUUGGCGAUGCCUGCCAGUUCCAGGAGGAGUGUAACCUAACCAGCAAGAAGAGCAAAGAGCUUUGCAAAAACCCACAGGGGGUGGUAUGCUCUAACAGAGGCACCUGCCACUGUGGAAGCUGCAUGUGCAACAAUCAGGACAACAAAGGGCUGGUGACAGGAAAGUUCUGCGAGUGUGACGACAGUGAGUGUCUGGACGAGGACACUGGAGAGGUGUGUGGAGGCCAUGGCCAGUGUUACUGUGGAAACUGUUACUGUGCUGCUGGUUGGCAUGGAGACAAAUGUGAAUUCCAGUGUGACAUCAGCCCAUGGGAAAGCAAGCGGAGAUGCACCUCUCCAGAUGGCAAAAUCUGCAGCAACAGAGGGACCUGUGUGUGUGGGGAGUGUAACUGCUAUGAUGUAGAUCCCUCUGGCGACUGGGGAGAUAUUCACGGAGACACAUGCGAGUGCGACGAGAGGAACUGUCAUGCAACCUACGACCGAUACACGGAUGACUUCUGCUCAGGUCACGGCCAGUGUAACUGUGGCAGGUGCGACUGCAAGGAGGGAUGGGCCGGGAAGAAGUGUGAGCAUCCUCUGUCCUGCUCGCUGUCUCUGGAGAGCAGUGUGAAGAAGUGUCGAGGAACGUCCAAUUUGCCCUGCUUCGGACGAGGUCAGUGCCAGUGUGGACAGUGCACUUGCUUCCCACCUGGGGACAGCCGUGUUCAUGGCAAAAACUGUGAGUGUGACGACCGUCAGUGUGAGGACAUCAGUGGAGAGGUCUGUGGAGGUCACGGUUACUGUUCGUGCGGACGCUGCAUCUGCCAGGAGGGCUGGUUCGGGAAGCUGUGCCAGUUCCCCAGGUCUUGUGACAUGAGCGACGCUCAGAGCAAGGAGCUUUGUGAGACAUCCGAUGGAGUCAUGUGCAGUGGAAAAGGAUCCUGUCACUGUGGCCAAUGUAUCUGCUCUCCCCAGGACUGGUGGGUGUCUGGAGAGUACUGCGAGUGUGACGACAGAGAGUGUGACAAACAUGACAGCCUCAUCUGCACAGGGAAUGGGUUGUGCAAUUGCGGCAACUGCGAGUGUUGGGAUGGCUGGACGGGGAACGCUUGUGAGAUCUGGUUGGGAGCAGAGUACUGAGGAGCAGAGGACACUGGUGUUCAGAGACAAGAGGCCUGGCUGCCCGGAGCGACCAGGAGCACCGUCGACCGUCAUGACCAGGCUGGUAAAACACCGCAGCCAGGAGAACCACGGGAGGAGGGAGAAGACAAAGCUAAACAUGGAUUUAAUUUCUGCGUAUCAAUAACAGCAUUCAUUCCUUUUAUUGUACUGGUUACAAAUGAUCGUUAUAAAACUGGGUAUUGUAGAUGUAAAAGAAACAUAUUACCAUGUAAACAUUUGUUUCCAAAGAGCUUUAUGUAUUUUUUUGGUAAUAAAAUGUAGGAAUGCUUAUAUAUUCUAGAUGGCUACUCAUAUUAAGAUGCAAUACAAGACAAAUUCAAAUGAUGGAAAGAGAUUUAUUAAAGUGCCUUUUUCAGAGUACGUGGGAUACUGCACCAAUAUGUAGAUCUAGUGUAGAAGACAGACGAGGCAUCACCACUUUCUCCCACUGUACAAAGAUGAAGCCAAAAUAUCCCAGAUACUGCCGCCGCCAUCUUGCACAUAAGCGAUCUCCAUGGUAUCUAGUUCCCGUCCAUAUACCUGCCAACUUAUUGUAAGCAGUGCCAUGAAUGAGCACACUGAUUGGCACACAGAGCUGUCAAUCAUGAUGUCAAACCCACUUUUUAUAGCAUCAAAUGACUAAUUUGGAAAGAAAAGCAAACACUUGAAAAGCAAACACUUGAGCAAACAUCAAUGAAUAAGAACGACAUAAAACAACAGAAAUCACCUUUGGGGAAAAAUUUUAUUUGGCCUGUAGGGGAGAACGGGGUUGGCUGUCACUUGGAUUGGUCGCCACAUUCAUUAGAUCUCACUCCCUAGAGGGUGCUGUUAAAAAAACAUGUUGGUACGGAAAUGUUCAAAAUGUGGGUCAGAUGUCACCUACAGGAUCAUUUCAGGAGAAAGACACUUGACAUUGAGAGGACUUUAUCAUGUCAAAAUGUUAACAUCCAGCUCUUCUCUGUUUCUGUUCUUGGCUUUUACACAAUGGGUUCAGAAUAAAACAGUUAUUACCAUUAAAAAGUAUGACGGGAAAGGUAAAGUUUAUCUAGCUUUUUUCUUGGCUAGGCUACAACAUGUGGUUGGUAGCUAAUUCGCUAGCAAACAAUCACAGUUGGGGAACUUGUCACACUCUUCGGGGUUGGUUGUCACACAUAUUGUUCUGUAUAUUGUUUUAAAAGGAUUAAAAAUGCACUUGGAGAAAUAAUUUUAUGUUCUCUUGAUGCAGUAGAUGAGUAAAGCCCACUUCAGACUGGUGAUUCGCAGCAAGAGAAAACACUUUCAGAACGUGGCAGUGAAAAGUUGCAGAGGUGGGAUCUGGCCGUCUGAGCCUGACUCAAGCUGCUCCGUCCUCUCCUCUGUUUCCGUCCUCACGUGUGUCUGUGUUGGACGGUGGGUUGCUGUCGUUACUUGCUGUAUGUGCUGUGCUGUAGCCAGUAUCUCACUAUCGCUAUCCUCAUUCAUAUUUUAAGAAAAAAAGCUGGAAAUCAGAACAGAAGUACAGAGAGUUGUUGCAUAGAGAUGAUACACCAUCUCAUAUUGUUGCAAGGGUGUGAACUGGUAGGUUUUUUAGAAUGUUGCAGAAUGGCGCAUUGCAACUAGUUGCCCGUUGUUGCGAAUAUUGGUCUAAACUGGGCUUGAGGUUGUUUUAUUCCAAUAAAAACUUACCUGUUUAAUAUAUCAUAGGGACAACCAACCACACAAUGGGGAUGUCCGUCACAAGCACACAAGACGUAUAUGACAGUCCAUGUCUUUUGAAAAGAAUAAGCUUCAGCAGAGUAAGGUCACUCCAUUCCUACCUGACACUUAACGCUUCUAUUACACACUGAAAGGGAAUCUUUUAAGGAUACAGUUUUUGAGGGAUUCAAAUGAAAGUAAAAAGUGUGACAACCAACCUUGUUCUUACCUUCUCUGAUCUUUUAGUUUGGCCCAUGUCCCGUCUGCUUAUCCCAUCAUGACCUAUA